AAAAAUUUUUCAGAUAUGGAGGAUAUUAAAAGUACUCUUUACGCCGUUCUAGGCAAAAGGAAGCUUGGACAGCCCAAAUAUACUUUUAGUCAAGGCAGUAAAGGACGUCAACGAUUUUUAUGUCAGGUUAUGGUCGAUGGAAUAAGUUAUGUUGGAUUCGGAAACUCAACCUCAAAGAAAGAUGCACAAUCAAACGCCGCCAGAGAUUUAGGACAAUUCUUAGUUCGUGAAGGGUUGGUAACUGCUCAAGAGCUUCCUCAACUGCAAGUUCAGCCGUCAGAUUUAGAAGCUACUAAUCCGCAAUAUCAAAUAGACGUGAAAGAAGGAACUUCUGCUCCCUUACCUCAUCAUGUUGAUUUUACAAAUGAUGAUAUGCUCACAGGAAAACCAGAUUUUCAACGCCCCAAAACUUUCCAUGAUCAAUACAUUGAACAAAAAGCCGAAGAAAUUUCUCAGGCAGUUGAUAUGACCUCUGAAAUACACGGAGGAUGGACGAUGGACAAUUGUAAGCAGGCCCUCAACGAAUUCUGCCAAAAGAACCGUUUUCUUCCACGUGAAUACAAAACGAGUAGUGACGGAACAAAUAAUAGCAGCACAUUUGUUGCAGAAAAUGAGCUUUUUCUACCUCGAUUGAAUCGAACUAUCUACGGACGUGGUCAAGGAUCUACAAAGAAAAUUGCAGAAACUACUUGUGCAUUAUCAAUUGUUCGUCAACUAUUUCAUAUUGGUGCCAUACUUUCAUCUUCUGAUAAAUUAUCUCCAACUAAAAACCGCAAAGCUGAUAAUUUGGCGGAAAUUAAAGUUCAUGUUGAUCCAGGAUUGGUUACUCGUAUCGAAAAAUAUUUAGACGAUGUUGGAGUCGAGCCUGUCAUUGAUGGAUUAGAACUCACAACUCCAGAUGCUCCAAAAUCGUUGUUAGUUGAUAAAAAAUUGGAUGAAUUUCCUCCAUCGGAAGAUAACUAUUCUAAUGCAAGUAUUAUGUGGGCACCUCCCUGUCAAAAUUGGAAUCCAUGGAAAGCUUCAAACAUUGAUAAUCAACCAAUUGCUUUUUGGUCAAUGGAACGUAUUAGUGAUGAUUUAAUGAUGAGAGAAAAGGCUAAACAAGUCCCUCAACAAUUGGUUCAAGCGCGGCAGAGGCUUCCGGUCUUUAAUCAUCGUGAACAAAUAAUUCGUGCAGUGAAUGAACAUCCAGUUGUUUUAAUUAAAGGAUCGACUGGUUGUGGAAAGUCAACUCAGAUUUGCCAAUAUUUACUUGAGAGUCAUUUACUCGAUAAAAAAGGAGCUAAUUUCAAUUGUUAUGUAACCCAACCUCGUAGAAUUUCUGCUAUUACAUUGGCUGAACGUGUUGCAAAUGAACGAUGUGAACAAUUGGGCGAAUCUAUUGGUUAUUCUGUUCGUUUUGAAGGAAUAACUCCAAGACAAUAUGGUGCAAUAAUGUUUGUUACUGUUGGUGUACUUAUGAGAAAAAUGGAAAUGGGUUUAAGAGGAAUUUCUCAUGUUAUAGUCGAUGAAAUUCAUGAACGUGAUAUUAAUACAGAUUUUUUAUUGAUUGUGGUUAGAGAUAUGCUUCGUGCAAAUCCAAAGCUUCGAGUUCUGUUAAUGUCUGCAACAAUUGAUACAUCACUUUUUACCAAUUAUUUUGGACGUUGCCCAAUUAUUGAAAUUGAACAAAGGGUCCAUCCAGUUCGUGGAUUCUUUCUUGAAGAUGUUAUUUCAAUGUUAAAAUAUAUGCCGCAACUUCCUGAACCGGAUAAAAAGAAGAAAAAGAAGAGAUCUGGAAAGCCGGAACCUUCAACUUCAAAUGCUGAUGUUGAUGAAGAAUGUGAUGAAAUGUCAAUGAGUGUAACAGAUAAUUUACUUGUUUGUAAUGAUGAUUAUCCACCUGAAACUAAACAAGCGCUUGGUAGAAUUACUGAAAGAGAAAUUCCAAUUGAAUUAAUAGAGCAAUUACUUUCUGAUAUUGAUCAAAAUGGAAAGCCUGGAUCUGUUUUAAUUUUCCUUCCUGGUUGGCAAAUGAUUUCUCUUCUAUGGAAUCGUUUAAUGCUUCAUAGAAUUUUUAGCAAUUCACGUCGUUUUGUUAUUCUUCCACUACAUUCACAACUUUCUGCUAGGGAGCAGCAUCGUGUGUUCGAACCAGUUGGUAUUGAACAACGAAAAAUUAUUCUUUCUACAAAUAUUGCGGAAACAUCUGUUACAAUUGAUGAUGUUGUUUAUGUUAUUGAUUCUUGCCGUGUUCGUGAAAAAAUGUAUUCAUCGAGAAACAAUAUGGUCCAUUUUGCAAACGUUUGGGCUUCUCGAACUAAUUUAAUCCAAAGACGUGGACGAGCAGGGCGUGUGCAAGAAGGCUUUUGUUUCCAUUUGGUUACUCGUGCUCGUUUUGAUGCCUUAGAAGAUCAUAGAACUGCUGAAAUGUUACGAACUCCUCUUCAUGAAAUAACUUUAACAAUUAAACUUUUACAUCUUGGUUCAGUUGGCGAAUUUUUGGAAAAAGCAGUCCAGCCACCUCCGAUUGAUGCUGUUGUUUUACUUCGCGAAAUGAAUGCAUUAGAUAAGGAUUUGGAAUUAACUGAUCUUGGACGUAUUCUUGCUCGAUUACCAAUCGAACCAAAACUUGGAAAAAUGGUUUUGUUGGGUGCUGCUAUGGGUGUUGGUAAUUUAAUGUUGACUUCAGCUGCUGCCACAAGUUUUAACACUCCUUUCGUUCCAAAAGAACGAAUGCACACAAAAUUGGCACACAGUCAUCGUUCCUUUUCUGGUAAUCGUCCAUCAGAUCACAUAGGAUUAGUUAAUGUCAAUCAACAAUUUUCUGAACAAUUCGAUAUUGAUGUUUCCUCUGCAGAAGAUUUAUGCCGUCGUUUUUCUUUGAGUUAUCCUUUACUUUGUAUGACUCGUGAAGCAAAACGCCAACUUUAUGAUGUUCUUGUUAAUCAUUCUGGAUUUCCUGAAUCAAUUUUUACUUCUUAUUCAAUCGAUGUACGUGGACCGGAUUCGAAUCUGGACGUUUUUCUUUCAAUGCUGGUUGCUGCAUAUUAUCCAAAUGUGUGUUAUUUGAGAGAUCGACGCCGUGUUUACACUUUAGAACAAGCAGUUGCACUUCUCAGCAAUAUGUCCGUUUGUGUGCCAUUCAAUCGUGGUGAACAAGCUAAUUUUGCAUCGCCACUUUUUAUGUUUAGCGAAAAGGUAAAACAAACUAGUGAAAAUUGUGAAAUACCCCGUCAAUCAUUUGUCGACGAAUUUGCUGCACUUUCAUUACAAUUCCAGCUAAGAACCAAUUGUAUUUCUUGCAAACAAGUAUCAAUGAUUUCUCCGUUGCAAUUAUUGCUUUUUGGCUCUAGAAAGGUAGAAGCGAUUGGUGCUGAUAAAGUUCGAUUGGACAAUAUGAUUCCUUUAAAUUUAUCAGCAAAAAUGGCUGCAAAAAUUGUUGCAUUGCGUCCGUGUAUAGAAGCGUUAGUAGUUCGUUCAUGCAUGCAUCCUGAGCAACUUUCUGAUCAACCUAAACAAGAUAAAAUUCUUACUGCCUUAAUUCGUGAACUUUCUUCUGAUAGAGCUUGGAUACCAACUGGUGAGGAAGGACUUGAACCUGUCGAACAAUCUUCUUCAUCAAAGGCAAAUGCCCAUCAAUUUAAUGUGAAUGAACAAAGAUCUUAUGCUACUCCACUAAACCAAACAUUGAAUUUAUCUUCUUCUGCUCCUGUUCCUCUUCGUUCUUUAAAACGCCCUUAUGGAUCUCCGCCAUCUAUUGUUGACGUGUAUGGCAAUCAACCAUCACCUUUAACACAACCUAAUAGUCUUGGACAAGAGGCUGUAGCUGCUGCUACUGGAUUGGCAUCAUCAUCAGAUUUUGGUGGUCGAAGAACACCAUAUACAGCAAAUGCUCCAUCUGGUGGAGAUUACAGCUCAAUGGCCGGCUACGGGUGCGACUAUGGGCCAAGUCCCUAUUAUGGAAACCCUCAAAAUCAACAAAAUCAGUUGCCACAAGGAUUACAACAAUUCAAUGGUAUGAAUGGGAGAGGAAUGAGAGGAUUUGGUGGUCGAGGAAGAGGACAUGGUGGAGGAGGUGGUGGUGGUGGUCGACGGCAUGAGGGCUUUCGAAGAAGGCGAGGCAAUUGA